CAACCAAUUCAAAUGAGAGGAAAAAUUGGUGCUAUAACUCCAGAAUUAUUCUAAACGUUACAUAAGUCAUAUGCGUGACAAUACCUGGAGGUUCUCAACGUCGUUAGCUAAAUUAAUUUUAUCUAUCACUAAUAAGAGUAAAAAAACAGAACUGUUUUAACCACUCCAAGAAAAAUUUCCCUACUAUUCAGACAUAAAAUUCAAGAAGUAUUUGAUUCCUUAUCCGUGGCUAGUAAAGUUUGAAGUUUGAAAUACGGCAAUUAUACAAAUCUGUGCGCCUCACUUGCUUCAUCAUGGCUCUGUUAGAUAUAACUGGCUUUGAAGUUGUAAAUAGGCUCGGAAAAGAUCCUGAAGCAAAGAAUGUGUGCACUCACCUCUCAGAAGUGGAUCUUUAUUGGAGUCCGAAAUCCGAGAACUUUAUAAAACCAAUAGAACAUGGUAUACAGUGCAAAGAAACAAAGAUUAAUUUCCUCCACGGCACAACUACUCUCGCAUUCAAAUAUUCUGGUGGCGUUAUCGUCGCAACGGACUCUCGCGCAACAGCUGGACCUUAUAUUGCCUCUGGUACUACCAAAAAAAUAAUCGAGAUCAACAAAUAUCUCCUCGGGACUAUGGCUGGGGGUGCUGCAGACUGUCAAUUUUGGGAGCGUGUUUUGGCUAAACAUUGCAGGUUGUUUGAGCUUAGGAACAAGGAAAGGAUAUCCGUUGCUGCCGCAUCAAAGUUAUUGGCGAAUAUGGUGUACAAUUACAAAGGAAUGGGCCUGAGUAUUGGUACAACAAUUGUUGGUUGGGACAAGAAUGGACCUGGUGUGUAUUAUGUUGAUACAGAUGGCAACAGAAUCCCUGGAAAUCUGUUUUCUGUGGGAUCUGGAAGUCCUUACGCCUAUGGUGUUUUAGAUACUGGCUAUAAGUAUGAAAUGAGUGAUGAAGAUGCAUAUGAACUUGCUAGGCGAUCAAUAUUCCAUGCAACACACCGUGAUGCAGCGUCUGGUGGAUUUGUUAACUUGUACCAUAUGAAGGAGGAUGGAUGGAAGUUCAUUGGAAUAUAUGACGUUGGAGAACUGUAUUACAAAUACAUGUCAAAAUAAACUUCAAUACAAUAAUAAAGACUUUUCGUUCU